AUGAACAACUCAGAAAUUAAAAAUAUUUUUGUCCAGUUAAGUCAUGUAAAUAAAGAAAAUCGAGACAAUGGAAUUAAUUUGGUUUAUGAUUAUAUAGAAAAAAACAAAAAUACAUUGAAAAAACGAGAAAUAACAUAUAUAUGUACAGGCUUAUUUUAUUAUUAUUGGUUAUGCUAUUCUAUUGAUGAACAAAAAAAAUCAGCUUUAAAAAUAUGUAGAUUAAUACAUAGUUUUGAUGGAAAAUUUAAUGAUCAUGAUAAAAAUCAUGUAUUUUUAUUUUUACAAUGUUUUUUACAAACUAUGUCAGUAAAAUAUGAAAAUUUGGAUGUAUAUAGAUUAAAUAAAUUUUUAUUUUUAUUUAGAGUUUUUCAAGCUGAAUUUUUAAUGUUUUUACAUAAUUAUUCAUGGAGAAGUAUAUAUAUUAAAAAAUAUAAUAAAAUAAUUAUGAACAUUUUUGACGAUACUAAUGACGUUUUUCAUGCUUAUAUAGAUACGUUUUUUAAAGAGUUUAUGGAAAAUGAAGUUUAUUUAAAAUUAAAAAAAGAAGACCAUGGAUAUAAUACAAAACAAUUUUUAUUAUUAAUUGAUCCAUUUUUUAAAAUUGUGUGUAAAACAAAAAAAAAAUACACUAUCGAUUUAAUUCAAAAAAAAAUUUUUUUUAUGGUAUUAAAAAUUAAUAUAAAACGACAUAUGUUGUUGGAAAGAAUUAACAGUUAUAUAGACAAAUGCCCAAAUAAAUAUGGAUCAAAAAUUUUGAAAAACUUUUACAAUUUAUUUGACACUUCAAAUACAAAAAAGAAUAAAAUAAAUAUAAAAUAUAAAACUCCGAUUUUUAUUGCAAAUUAUAAUAACGAUAAAAAUGGUAGCGAAAAUACUGAAUGCAAUAACGAGUCACUUAACACGGAAGGAAAAGUUAUGGAUGAAGAAAAUGAGAAUAAUUGCUUCGACCAAAAAGCAAAAAAAAAAAAUAAGAAAAAAAAUGAUAUAAAAAAUAAAAUAAAAAAAAUAAAGACACACACAAAAACCAAUAGGAUAAUAAAUGCUGAAGAUAAAGAAUAUAUUAAUAUGCUUUUAAAGGAAAUUAACGGAAGUAAAAAGGGAAAGAAAAUAUAUGAUAGCCUUUUUACCAAAAAGAAUAAAAAUAAAAAAAUACCGCUUAGUUUUAUCAAGUUAAUGCUAAAAGAAAUGUAUUCUAAAAAAAAAAAAUCAUUAAGAAAUAAAUUUAAACAAAUAAAUGAUGCUGAAAGCAACGAUAUAUCCAUGAAAAAAAAUGAAUUAAAAAAAAAAAAAAAAAAAAUAAUGCUUAUGCCAAAGAAUCAAACAAUAAAUACUGAAUUUGAAUUGGAGGGUGAAAAAAAAAAAGGUAAAAAGGAAAAAUUACUAAAAAAAAAAGAUAAAAAAGUGAAAAAGAGUUUAAAAAAAACUCUUCUCAUUCAUGAGCCACGAUUAGGUGAUAAAAAUGUUUUAAACAAAACGAUUUUAAAAAAAGAAAAGACAAAAUCUAGUACCCCUAAAAAAGUUCAUUUUGACUUAAAGAAAAACACAAUCGAAUAUAUUCCAUGUGCUAAAAAAAAGAAUGUUAAUUCGUACUUUUUUUUGGAUAACUUUCGAAACUUAAUUAAUGUUCCAUCCUUUUUAUAA